CUCGGCUUUUCCCCCUCGGUUCGGCUUUCGAGUCCGCGCGUGGACCCCUGCCUGACCGGCGAGCGAGCCAUGGGCUCGUCUCUGGGCCGAUGCGCCUGCGCCAUCUGCGGGGCCGACACGCCCAAGCGGGAGCGCACGGCUUCGUCCCUGCAGGCGGAGCAGGCUGUGGAGAGGAGCCAUGAGAACCAUCCCGCUGCAAGCCGCUCCAGCUCCUGGCUGGCGCCGGUGUGUCUCUAUCUGCUCUUGGAGUUGCUGUCUCGCUUGGGUUUGCCGGUGCUGGCCAGCCCGCGUCUGUGGGCCGCUCUGUGCAUCCUCUUCUUUUGGGCCUGGUAUUCUGUGGAGCCCAGCCAACCUGCGCAGAAGUGGAGUCCCCCUGAGGACGCCUCAGCUGAAGGCUUGGGCGAGUUCUUGGAGAAUUUAGCGACACAGCUGGAUUCCAGGACUCCGCCGGAGGAUCCCACCAGCUUGCGCGCCGACGGGUGGAAGAAUAUCUCCACCAAAGGUUACUCACGCGUCUCGAAAUCCGCUUCCAGAGGGCGCGCUCGGAUCUUCAUGAAGAUGCUCAAGGUGCCCAAGAUGACUACGCAGGUCUAUUUGAACAUCAACUCCAGUGACCAGGAGAAGUACUUCCCCUGGUUCCUCAUGUCCGGCAACACCGUGAAAGGCGGCGCCAUUCCGAUCUUCUUGGCCCUGGAGCACUGGCCUUCGUGGUUUCCCUUCUGCCAGAGGGUGGAGAAGCUGAAACAGCUGGGGACCAAUCAGGCUAUUUACCUGGUGCGCUACAAGAUCACCUUCCUUACAGUCGACGUGGUGUUGCUGGCGGCACUGGUGGACAACUUGCACAAGGGCAAGGUGGAGCUGUUGUUCGCAACGCCCCCGGCCCGCUGUAAGAAGUGGAUGGGCAUCACGGUGCCGAGCAGAACGGCAUCUUUUCGCUUUGUCCUGCAGGGCAUGCGGCUCUCGGUGCGGCCAAAGACAUCGUGCAGCGGGCAGGUUGUCCUGCAAGCAGAGACCCUGGACGAGGUGCAGUUCGCCUGGGCGACCACGAUCUUUUGGCAGGCCUGCGCCUCUCGGAUCAUCGGCCUGAUCGCCAGCAUGCAGUCCCGUUUCGAGGGCUCCGUGCUGGAGGCACAUUACCGAGGUGACACGAAGGAGGCUGAAGCACAGCGGCGUCAGUUCCUCGAGGUCAAGGCGCACUUGGACAGCUUUUGUAGCCAGAGGUGACCUUUUGAGUCUGAGGGGACGAGGGAAGACGUGACCUUCUUUGUACACAAGAAACGAGGCAAACACAAGGCCUUCAAAGGACUUGUGUUUGGUUGACUUGGAAUGUUUAGGCAAGGUGCAACUAUCUUCUCGCGGCCCUGCCCUCACGGCCAUGCAUUUGCAUGCGAGCGAC